GCCAACAGAUUCAUAUUUCCAUCGCAUUUACAUCGCUGAAGAAAAAUCGUCGAAUGAAACGACGUAACAAUUAUAUAUAAGUGCGAAAUAUUGUGAUAAAGUUCUACUAGUAUUAAUUAAUCUAGUUCAAUUUUAAUAAAUUCAAUAUGUUUAUCUUGGACUGGUUUACUGGCGUUCUUGGAUUCUUGGGUUUAUGGAAGAAAUCUGGAAAACUACUAUUUUUGGGCCUGGACAAUGCUGGAAAGACAACACUCCUUCACAUGUUAAAGGAUGACAGAUUAGCACAGCAUGUACCAACACUGCAUCCGACGUCGGAGGAACUGUCAAUAGGCAGCAUGCGUUUUACGACAUUCGACCUGGGCGGACAUCAGCAGGCGCGGCGCGUGUGGCGCGACUACUUCCCGGCGGUGGACGCCAUCGUGUUCCUGGUGGACGCGUGUGACCGCGCGCGCUUGCCCGAGUCCAAAGCUGAACUCGACUCGCUGCUCACCGACGAGACGCUCAGCAACUGUCCUGUACUUAUCCUCGGCAAUAAGAUUGACAAACCAGGUGCAGCAAGUGAAGACGAGCUACGUCAGUUCUUCAACUUGUACCAACAGACUACAGGAAAGGGAAAAGUAUCCCGAUCAGAGCUUCCAGGACGGCCGCUGGAGUUGUUCAUGUGCUCAGUACUGAAGCGACAGGGUUACGGCGAGGGAUUCCGUUGGCUCGCGCAGUACAUAGACUGAGCUCUACAAGCCCAGCCACCUACACAUUUGCUUUCAUGUUGUGUACUAACGUAGCUGCAUCAUACCUAAACGUAUUUAUCAGUUUAACUAAGUAUUCGGUUUUCUUAUUUCUUAUAAAAUUGAAUAGUAAACUAUUAUGUUAAAACACAAGUGACGUUGCAUGGAGUAGGGUUUCAACUCUUUAAGUUUUGUACAAUCAUAUGUUGUUAUGCAGCUACGUUAAUAGAUAUAUGAAAUUUCAUUCUAAGCAACAUAAACUCGCUUACUAGUAAUGUACUAUUAUUAUAUGCUCAGAUGAGAUCUUCCUAGAAUCUAGUAUCCAUUAAUGUAACUCGGAAUGU